AUGAAGUUCCUCCAGCCUCUUUUGUUGAUCGCGCCCUUAACUGUGGCCUUGCGACUGGAUAGGCGGGGUAAGGUUGUAUAUGAUGGCUAUAAGAUAUUCCGCGUGGCACCAGGGGAUAAUAUUGCGGCCUUUGAAGCCCAGUUGGAAUCUCUGGAGGCUAUCGACCUCACCCACAACCAUGGCCAUGUGGAGGAGGAGCACUUCGAUAUCGCAGUGCCGCCUGAGAAUCUUUCAGCGUUUGAGGCGCUGAACUUCACCUCCGAGGUGUUAACCGAUGAUCUUGGAGUUGACAUAGCUCUCGAAGGAGAGCUUGCUGAAUAUCCUGGACUAUUAAGCGCGGCUGCUCUUCCAAGCCUUUCAUGGUUCAGCGCGUACCAUGCUUAUAAUGACCACUUGACGUUUUUGAAAGAUAUACAGGCGUCUUUCUCCUCUAACUCGGAGCUUAUCACAGCCGGGAAAUCAUUUGAGGGCCGCGAUAUUCAGGGUAUUCACCUCUGGGGAAGCGGUGGCAAGGGCUCGAAACCUGCUGUUUAUUUCAAUGGCAAUGUCCACGCUCGCGAAUGGAUUUCCUCGAAGGUUGUUGAAUAUCUUACAUACCAACUUGUUGCUAACUACAACAAUGACACGACGGUCAAGAGCUUUCUCGAUAGUUACGACUUCUAUAUCUUACCUAUAGUCAACCCCGACGGUUUCCUCUAUACACAAACUACGAACCGGUUGUGGCGGAAGAAUCGCCAGACGCGAUCCGGCACCUCUGCUAUUGGCACGGACGUCAACCGGAACUGGCCUUAUAAAUGGGAUGGAGAGGGGUCUUCUACGAGCCCCGGGUACCGUGGCGCUGCAGCAGGCGAUACUCCAGAGAACACUGGUAUCCGAACAUUGGGCGACCAACUUGCGAAAAGCAAUGGUAUUAAGCUGUACAUCGAUUGGCACAGCUACGGACAAUAUAUCCUGACGCCCUACGGCUACUCAUGCACAGCAGCGGCUUCAAAUCAGGCUAAGCAAGACUCACUAGCUAAAAAUACUGCUUCCGCUAUCGCAAAGCCAUACGGGACUCGAUUCACUACCGGUCCGAUCUGCUCUACGCUCUAUGCCGCUGCUGGCGGGAGCAACGAUUAUGUGACUGACGUCGACAAGGCAGAAUAUGGAUGGGCUAUCGAACUCCGUGAUACUGGCCGAAACGGAUUCACGUUACCCGCCGAUCAAAUCCUCCCAACUGGUAUCGAGAUAUGGGAAGGGAUGAAGUAUCUUUUCGCUAAUAUGUGA